AUGUUCCCGGCUGCUGCAGCUGCUUCCUCCAAGAAGCCCGGCGUGAGCCCGUCGUCAGUUCACGAUCGGGCCGCCGCCGCCGCGUGCGACUCCGGCCUCGUCCUCACCACCGACCCCAAGCCCCGCCUCCGGUGGACGGUCGAGCUCCACGACCGUUUCGUCGAUGCCGUCGCGCAGCUCGGAGGCCCGGACAAGGCAACUCCGAAGACUAUUAUGAGGGUUAUGGGAGUCAAGGGGCUCACGCUUUACCAUCUCAAGAGUCAUCUUCAGAAAUUCAGGCUAGGGAAGCAGCACAAGGAGUUCGGUGAUCACUCGGUCAAGGAUGCAAUGGAGAUGCAACGGAAUGCAGCCUCUUCGUCUUCGGGUAUGAUGGGAAGAAGCAUGAACGACCGCAGCACACACAUGAACGAGUCACUAAGGAUGCAGAUGGAGGUCCAAAGAAGGCUCCAUGAGCAGCUGGAGGUGCAGAAGCACCUCCAGAUGAGAGUGGAGGCCCAGGGGAAGUACAUGCAGUCCAUACUGGAGAAAGCCUACCAAACCCUCGCGUCCAGCGAUUGCGCCACGUGGCCCGCCGCCGCCGGGUACAGAUCUCUAGGCGGCAGCCAGGCGCCGGCCCUUGACCUCGGCGGCUCUAUGAGCUUCCAGGACCUCACACUGUACGGAGGGUCGUCGAGCCAUCUGGACCUGCAGCAGCACAUGGAGAUGAGGCCGACCAUGGCCAUGGACAGCUUCUUGGCGUUCAACGAGAGCUGCAUUGGAUCAGCAACAGUCAGGAGCUGCUCCACCGGGAAGAGCCCGAUGAUGUGGGGCAACGGCGAUGAUGAGCAGGCCAAGAGUGGCGGCAGCGCCGACGAGCUUCUCCAGAUGGCGCCGUCGUGCAUGAUGGAGGCGGGUGGCGGCAGCGGCGGCUCAAUGGAUCCGAUCAUGUCAUUGUCCGGCGACUCCUUGGGCAGUAAGGGCUUCGACGGCCCAAUCAUCAGCUCCAAGCUUGAGAUGAGGUCGUCUCCACAGCAAGUAGGAAGUGAGAGGAACUUGUCCUACGGGUAAUUCAAGAUCUUAAAUAACGUGUUUUUGUUCUUCUUUGGAAACACAAUUAAGAGGUAAUUAGUUACGUUAAUGUCCUGUUGUCAUGAAACAAGCUUAAUUAGCUCUUUUGCUAAGAUCACUAAAUAAGCACGGGCUGAGGUGUAGCUAAGAGUUCAGAGAGAGGGGUCAUCAUAUGCUGAUGAUGCCCAAUGUUUUUCUUUUUUGAGGAUAUAGCGGGUAACAAAAUUGUAUUUUUAACAUAUUGGCGUUGGUUUAAGGUUUGUAAAUUUUGGUGUAGCUGUGAAAGCAUGCAGCUGGUGUGAAACAUGCUUCUAUCAUAAUUCUUGUUCGGUGCAUGUAUUAUAACAAUAAUAAUAGAGGAACAACACUAUGAGAUUUAUUGA